GUGUCGCUAUGUUGGGAGAUGGAAGGGGGUGGGGGUAGAGAGCCAAGCCAUCGGCUAUUAGGUUUGGGAAAACUCGGGAUCCUCAGUAUAAUCGCUAUUUCUAAACCAGGUGGGUGCAUUAUAUUAUAUCAAAUGUGACUUAGAAAUGAACUCGACCGUGCGCAGCUGGCUGCCCCGCUAUAGGGGCUAGAGCUCCUGACGAAAGCGGAACUAGUCGGGGCCCAUACAAAUCAGAAAAGAGAGAGGAUCCUCGCGCAGUAGGAGACUCGAAGAGGCAGCUUUAGGCAGACAAGGAGACAAGAAAAUCCACUUUAGGCGGAGACUAGUUAGGACGGGGUGGGGCGUGGGGGGGAACGAAGCCCCUCUCUAUCCAACUGGCUCCCCCCCAUGCCCAGAGGCUGAGCUCAACUCUAGAUUACGGCUCACGAGGAACGGAAAGGAAAGGGCAAGAAGAGAGAGAAAGAGAGGGAGAGGAAGAAAAGUAGCAAAGUAAAGAGAGAGGAGAGUCCCAGCAUCCCAGAGGGAUUGGAGACGCUUUUCGGAAACUUUGCUAAGACUGUCUCUCGGCCAGGCCUUCGCUUCCUUUCCCUGGCGCCCCCACUGGCCCCUCUCCCAGCUGGGGAACCUCGGCAGAGGACGCUGUAGUCCGCAGCGGGGUAGGAGAAGAGAGGCGGGCCGCUUCAUCUUGUCACGAUGGCCAGCUACCCGGAGACUGAGGACGAUACGGGGACCCUACUGGCCCCGGAGCCAGCCACUGGCCGCCCAGGAAAAGAUUCCGAAUCCCGGGGGCCCCGAGACUGCAAGGAAGAGUUGAGCCCAGAGAAAAGCGGUGGAGGCGGAGGGGUCCCAGAGAAGCCAGACCCUUCACAGAAGCCCCCUUAUUCGUACGUGGCGCUGAUCGCUAUGGCCAUCCGCGAGAGCGCGGAGAAGCGGCUCACGCUGUCCGGCAUCUACCAAUACAUCAUCGGCAAAUUUCCCUUCUACGAGAAGAACAAGAAGGGCUGGCAGAACAGCAUCCGCCACAACCUGAGCCUCAACGAAUGCUUCAUCAAGGUGCCGCGCGAAGGCGGCGGCGAGAGGAAGGGCAACUACUGGACGCUGGACCCGGCCUGCGAGGACAUGUUCGAGAAGGGCAAUUACCGCCGGCGGCGGCGCAUGAAGCGGCCCUUCCGCCCACCGCCCGCCCACUUCCAGCCCGGCAAGGGCCUCUUCGGUCCCGGCGGGGCAGGAGGCGGCGGAGCCGGCGGCAGUGAUGGAUACGGCUAUCUGGCGCCUCCUAAGUACCUGCAGUCCGGCUUCCUCAACAACUCGUGGCCCUUGACCCAGCCGCCCUCGCCCAUGCCCUACGCGUCCUGCCAGAUGGCAGCGGCGGCGGCGGCGGCAGCAGCGGCGGCGGCGGCGGCGGCGGCCGGCCCUGGCAGUCCGGGAGGGGUAAAGGGGCUCCCCGGGGCCCCGGCCUCCUACGGGCCCUAUUCCCGGGUGCAGGGCAUGGCGCUACCCGGUGUGGUGAACUCUUACAAUGGCAUGGCGGGUCACCAUCCAGCGCCUCACCCCCACCCUCACGCGCACCAUCCCCACGCCCACCACCUGCACCCAGCUGCGGCCGCGGCUCACCACCCACCUCACCACCCGGCCGCAGCACCCCCGGCCCAGCUCAGCCCCGCCAGUCCCACCGCCGCUGCGCCCCCGGCUCCAGCGCCAGCACAGGCCAAUGCAACUGGUCCCCCGCCUGGCCUCCAGUUUGCCUGCGCCCGCCAGCCUGACUUAUCCAUGAUGCACUGCUCCUAUUGGGACCACGAUAGCAAACACAGCGCCCUGCACUCACGGAUAGACAUCUGAGGGAGGGACAGAGGAGGGCAGGAAGAAAAGAAAGGAGAAAGCAGAGCCAGCAGCCGAGAUACCAAGCAUCGGCGCCAGAAACAGUGUCCCAUUUCCAUCCGCUGGCCAAAAAGUCCAGGCAUCCAAACCAAACUUCAGAAACGGACUGCAAGACAUUUCCUUGCUGUUUCUGCCCUCUUUCUUCAGCUUCGAUCUUUCUUUACUCUACUUUCUUCCUCUCUUCUUUUCUCGCUCUUUCUCCUCUUCCAUCUCCCUUCUCUUCUCCCUGUUGCUUUGUCUCCCUCUUGCUCCCUUCUCGGUUUCUUUCCGUUUUCUCCCUCAAUCUUUGGCCUCAGGCUGUUGCUAAAUGUUCCUCAAUCUCACUCGUCCAGCCUUUAAAAACCCCCUCCUCUCACUUCUCUUCUUUCCAAACUGGAUGAACUGUGCCAAAAUUUUUGCAGAGGAAAAAAAAUAUCAGUCCCAAUGUCCCAGCCAGUCCCAACCCUGUUCCACAUCGUUUAUCUGGAGUCAAUGUGUAACCCCGGGGGCUCCGGCUACACCACAUCUUACAGGUCUGUGAGCUGAUGGCAUUUUGAUUGUAAUUGCAAUGUGAACUCUAAUUCUGACAUAGUCGCCCCCCUACUUUAAAAAAUCUAUGAAAGGGGAGGUAGUUUUCUAUUUGAAACCUUCCUACAAAGAAUGUUAUUGAUGAAGGGUUGGGGGAGGACAGCGGAAAGAUGGGAGAUGAGAGUUUUCCCUGAGGGGAGGGGAAAGAGUGAAUAAUGUGUUGCGAGAAUCACCUGUCCUGGGCAUCAGACUUCCUACUUUGUUUUUAGUCUUAAAACCCAUCUUUCAGAGAGGUUGCACUUCUAUACUCUUCCCCAAUAAUAUAGAUAGUGCAUUUCCUGACGAGGAGGGAUUUGCUUGAGCUCUGUUUCAGAAAGUAAUGUUACAUUUCUUUAAAUAACAAAAUAAAGCAAAGCCCUGCGGAGAAACCAGUGAAAUGUUGUUGCCUUGAGGGGCAAGUUGCUGCUAGAAUGUAAAAUGAAACGCAAAUUUAUUUUUUUAAAGCCUAUUCAGGAAGUAUAUCAGAAUUAUUUUAUUUGGGCCUUUAAAAUUGUUCUCCCAGCUGCAAAGGGAAAAUGCUUUGUAAAAGAUGGAAUUGGAGUAUGGUUCUCUUUAGCUCUUCUAACUGAGAAAGUCCAAUUUCACUUGAUCUUUUCAAGACCUCCCCAUAUAUAUUGUUUUCUGGUAGCUGGCUGUCAAUCAGUCAUUCUCCCAUCCCUCUUUUUUUUUUUUUUUUUUUUUUUUUUUUAAGAAAAAUAAUUAUUUUUCGGCUGCGGAUCUACGACCUCGUCUAAAAUAAUGUGAAACCCAGAAGCGUAGAUACCGGGGCGAAUUUCCAAUGAUUUUAUAAAUAUGUAAGCCCAUAGCUAUUGUUGUGUAGUGUUUUGUGGGGACCAACUUUUCUAGAGUCAACUAUAGCACUUUUAAUGUAUUUUCUAGUAUUGUAAAUUCUCGAAUAAAAUGUUUUCCUUUCUUUUUAACGAGGCUUCAUAUUAUUUCGAUGCCGAACUAGUUUUGGUAAAUCUAAAAGGGGUUGGGGGGAGGACACGGAGAUAAUUCAACUACACAUUUUGCUCUUAAUAGGAGCGCUCAAAGUGGUGAUUGAGGACAAUCUGGAGCUUUCGGUAAUGUGAUUAUUUUCUUACGGUUUAAGAUCAUUUUCAUUCUUGUUGGUUCUGACAGCUUCAGAGAGAGUUCUAAUAUACUGCCCAUUUUCAAGUUUUCUUCCAAGAUCUAAAUGUAUUUUUAUAGUUUAACAGAAACGUGAGUUUUACAAUUUGAAUAAUUGACUGUGUGUGAGUCGUGUGUGCGUAGCAAUGCAAAUACGCUGUUUUCUAAUAUGUCCAUACUUUUAUGUGUCUAUAGCUACCACACACCACCAGCAUAUCUCCCAACUUUAUUGAAAGUCAACCACAUAAUUCAUUAUUCUCAAAACCAAAGAAUGGUAGAACUGGGGGAGAUAUCUUUAAAAGAGAGAUCAAUUUAAAUCCAACACCUUGAUUUUAAAAAGAAGGAAACUAAAGUCCUUUGGGGUGAAGUGACAACAGUCCGCAUGCCCAAAGCAGAUCGGUGCCAAUUUAUAGUAUUUGACAGUUCCUUAGAUCGUCAGUGAUUUGUUUUAGAAUCCUUUAAGCCAAGAGCACUUAUUAAAUAGCUGAAGAAACAAUGUUUUUCUUUCUUUCUUUUUCUGAUACCUGUACAAUAAUGAAUAAAUAGCAGUGCUUUCAUACAAGUAACCAGGCAUUUGAAUUGUUUCCAAAAUUGUGAGCUCAGAAGUGGAUUAAGGGUGGGUUGCCUUUCAUUACUUUAAUGGGAUUACAGGUAUCAUUCUAAACCAUUUGCCCUUGGUGAUGAUGCAGCUGUGACCUGUUUCUGUUAGUUGAGCUUCCCCCCACCUCCAUUCAUUUAUUAAUAUAAACCUGUCCCUCCCCUCACCACUUCCUCAGCUCGCAGCUAUCUAGAGAUAGAGAUACCAAGUUGGAUCUUUAAACUAGGAGAGAAUGGAUCACAUGGGAAAGUGGAAAUAGGCAAAUUGGUUUUCUGAGCUCAUCUAGAGCCCGGGAGAGAGUUGAGGCUCCUCUAGAUUCAUUCUGGAGAUGUAAUCUUUUUUUUCCAGC